AUGGCGGACUCGGAUAUCUGGGGCGUGAUCCCCUUCCCAUCCGGCGCUAAUGAGACGGACACUGAGAUUGCCGGCGGCCACCUGGACCUCGAUACUCUUCGCGAGUUCGAAUAUCACCUCUUUCAGAAUGACACCCUAUCCAACGGCACUGACUGCAUCCUCGCCUUCCAACCUUAUGCCGCUGCCUACGUUUACCCCAACGGCACCUUUGUGAACUCUACCUCUUGCUACCGGUCCUUGUACCCCGUGGGUGCCCGCGGCAAGACCGGCGUCGCCUUUGCAGCUCUCUAUGCCUUUGCCCUGGUCCUCAUCAUUGUCAACCUACGCAAGCAUGGCCGUCUGUUCUUGCCCAAGGAGAAACGCUAUUUCCCCAUCGGCCGCAGGUGGCAGUGGUACUGGGGCUCCAUCGUCUGCGCUGCCGCCAUCAUCGGUCUGUUUACCGGCAUCGAUGUCGAUCGCUACUACGUGAUGCAGAUCCCCAUCAUCCUCCAAAGCUUCUUCUGGUAUCUUUUGCAAAUGGCCUCCAUCGCCUUGGUCUGGGAAGCUGUUCGUCAUUGGGGAAGCUGGAGCGAACGGCAGAUCCUCGAUGGCGACAUCUAUGCUUUCAAGGAUGAUGACCGGAGAUCCAAGUUUGAGUUUUGGUUCCCCUUGUUCUUCUAUCUCUGGUGGUGGCUAAGCUUUUUCAUGGUCAUUCCGCGCUCGUGGGCUCUGUGCGCCUUCGACUUUGAUGUUUCUCCUCUCAAUGUCAAUGGGAAUGUCAUUGCUAUCUACGUUGGCGGUUAUCUUCCCACCCUUCUCAUCUUGGCGAUCCAGGCGGCACACGGGUUUGGUACCCCCAACGAAGACCGAGAGCUCCUGCGGCAACGACGAGCACGCGGAGAAGAGCUUGAUCGAGAACUCGGCAUUGUUCAUAAGCCGUCUUGGUGGCGUCGACUGAACGGGCCUGCCUCUAUGAACAUGAGGGACAUUAUCGCUAGAAAUGUGAACGAGGUUAAUGGCGGCAAGACGACCGACCCAGACCGCAAGAAGCCGGAUGGGGAUCCUUUUACCGAUGAUGCCGCUGCGAACGGCCCGGACUCGUCCGCGUCAUCCUCAUCAGGCACCGUCACCGCACCUGGUUUCGACGCUCGUGCACGCCCCAUGUUCUCCCCUUAUAGCGGCAAGUCCGAGCAACGCCGCACGGAGAGGACGCUGCACCACGCUGCCAGCCUCCUCUUCCCGAAUAGUGAGGAUGCUACGACCGCUCGGGAGUCGCGCAUUGCGGAGCUGCAAAUGGACGGCCCUCCGCCUUCGUAUACUGAGACCACCGACCAGGUCUCGAGGACCCAGAGCACCAGCAGCGAUAGCACCCUCGCCCUUUCCAAUGCGAAGCCCCAGAGGGUCAAGAGCAUGUUGGAUAUCUAG